AUGGAGGGCAUGUCGGCUGCCGACGCUUCUGUGUGCAUCGUCAAGCCCGAGAAGGACUACCGCGACUAUCGGUAUGUGAAGCUCGACAACGGGCUGAUGGGCGUGCUGAUCUCUGACGACAAAUGCGACAAGGUGAGAGAAGAGGAGAGGAAAUGAACAAAGGAAGGGAGAUCCGACUCCCACGUGUCAAACAGUGUGUUGGCUGACACUGUGAGAUCUCUCGUUGGCGACAGAGAGGGAGAUGGCAUUAUGGUGUCAUGUGUCUGUCUGUGUCAUUUGUGUGUGAGGCUGCGUGUGCCAUGGACGUGCACGUGGGCAGUUGUCUAGACCCCAAGGAGCUGCCGGGACUCGCCCACUUCCUCGAGCAUAUGCUCUUCCUCGGUAAGUACGUCUGCCAAGUGUCUGUGUGGCAACACACACAGACACACACACACGUCUGUCUGUGUGCCUGUUGCUGACGCGCGUGCUGUGUGUGUGCAUGCACGUGUGUCAGGCACCCAGAAGUAUCCCGAUGAGACGGAGUACAGUCAGUAUCUGCAGAAGCAUGGCGGCGACAGCAACGCGUUCACCGCUGACGACGACACCUGCUACUACUACACCGUCGCUCCCGAGUCGUUCGAGGGCGCAUUAGACCGCUUCGCGCAGUUCUUCCUUCCCCAGCAGCCGCUCUUUACAGAAUCGGCCGCAGAGAGGGAACUGCACGCAGGUCGGUCCACACACACACACACACACACACACAGAGAGAGAGAGAGAGAUGAGUAUCAAUGUGUGUGGGUGUGUAGUCGACUCGGAGCACAGCAAGAACCUGCAGGCACGCACACACCCCCGCGCCAUCGUGCAUCCGCCGCAUGCAGCCAUAUUUGUGUGUUGGCUGUGCAGAGUGACAUGUGGCGGUUCCACCAGCUGCUGCGCGACUCGUGCAACCCCGAGCACCCGCUCAACAGAUUCGCCACAGGUGAAACGACACACGUGCGCACGUGUUGUUGUGUGGAUGGAUGGAUGGAUGGGUGCAGGCAAUCUGAAGAGUCUGCGUGACGACCCUUUUACGCUCCACAAGAUCGACCAGAAGGGCGUGCGGGAGGCGCUGCUCAAAUUCCACGCCGAGCAUUACUCCUCCCACAAGAUGGCCAUCGUCAUGAUCAACAAAAUGCCGCUCGACGAACUGGAAAAGGUGCGCGUGUCAUCAGAAUCCACACAGCCAAACUCAUUGUCUGUGUGUGUGCAGUUGUUUCGCCACUACUUCUCCAGUGUCGAGAGCAAAGCGAUGAGCCAGCAGCAGCAGCAGCAAGAUGCCACACAGACACACGUGCUGCCCUUCCGGCGCGAAGACCUGGGUGGGCAUAUGGACACCCACACACACACAAGAACACCCACUGACUGACUCAGCCGUCUCUCUGCCCUGUGGGUACCCUACACAGGCCGUUUAGUCUAUGUGCUGCCCGUGCGCACCACGCAGCAGAUCGACUUCGAGUGGUUCCUCAAAGAGCAGGUCAAGUCGGUCACACACACAUAUAUCACUCCCACGCCGCAAGGCAGCCGAUCGAAUUAAGCAUGUGUGUGUGCGGUGCAGACGCCUCUGUACCUGUCCAAGCCGGCGGGUUACUGCUCCCACGUGUUGGGCCACGAGGGCAAGGGCUCCCUGCUGUCCCGGCUGAAGGCGGAGGGGCUCGCCACAGAACUGGUGGCAGGUGAGUGCGGUGUGCGUGGCUGGCAAGACAGAAGACCGAGACAGAGAUGGAUGGACUCAUGUGUGUGUUGUGUGUGUGUAGGCAGCAGCUUUGAGGCGGCGGGGGUGUAUGGGUUCAGUGUGCAGGUCACACUCACCCCCAAAGGGAGCGAGGAGCAGGGACUCAUCAGGUCGGUCGGUCUGUCCGUCUGUCUGUCCGUCACGCACACACACAAAGGUGUUAGUUAUGUGAAUGUCUUUGUCUGUCUGUCUGUCUGUAUGUGUGUGACACACACAGGGUGGGUCAGCUUCUCUUCGCCUUCAUCCGGUGAGUGGGUGGGUGAGUGCAUUCCCCGCCACCUCACCCACACCCACACCACACCGACCCACUCGAUGAGUGCGUCCGUCCAAUCAUGUGUGUCGUCAGGAUGAUGGCGUCGAGUGACGACGCUGCCCACGCGACAGUGUUCGACGACCUCAUGCGCAUGAGCGACAUCUCCUUCAGAUUCAGAAGCACUCCUGACCCGGGCAGCCAGGUGGUGAACAUUGCCAGUGCGCUGCACCGAUACCCGCCAAAAGAGUGAGGACUCAUCCGCAGCACAGAGACACUUGUGUGCGGCACAUGGAAUGCAAUUGCUGCAUGCAGCGUCAUGUCGGGCCAGUCGCUCUUCUACAAGUUCGAGCCGGCCCUCAUCCGCGAGGUGCUGUCGCACUUCACGUGUGAAAACCUGCGGUGCGUCGUGGUUGACAGCUCAGGUGAAAGCAUAUGUUUGUUGGGUGCAGACACACGCACAUCCGUAGAAAGCCAUGUGUGUGUGUGUGUGUGUGUGUGUGUAGGCCGUUACAACGACAUGUGUGUGAGCGAGGCGCCGUGGUAUGGCACCAAGCACUGCAGCCAACAGAUCCCACAAAGAUGGAGAGAUGCAUGGUGACCAUCCCCCGCCCUCCCUCCCUCCCAGCCACCCACCCACACACCUGCCUGUAUGUCUGGUUGCUCCCAUACGCAACACAACACAGGGGCUCGCCAGGUUCAGUUGAUCUCUCAGCUCCCACUGCCAUGCACCUGCCCAAGAGCAACCCCUUCCUCCCUCAAGACCUCGCCCUCAGACCAUUCAAUGGGGUGAACGAACGCUGGCACAGGCAGACAGACAGACACCCACACACUCUCACAGACCUACGUGUCUUUAUUGUCUUCCUCUCCACGUCCACAGGACACGACAGCGGCCCGCUGGCCUGAGAGGGUCCCAUGCCCCGGCUACGACAAGAGAUGCCACAUGUAUUGCAUUGCACCGCACCCCACACCCACAGCACCCACACACAUGGCUGACUGUACAUUGUCAACAUGUGUGUGUCUGUCGUGUGCUGACAGCUACCACAAGCAGGACACGACCUUCGCUCUGCCCAAGGCGGUGGCGUACAUCACGAUGCACUCGGGGUAUGUGUCGUCGUCGCUCGAGGGCCGCAUGACCUCCCUACUGUGGACCGAGGCUGUCUAUGAGGCUCUCAACGAGGUGGGUGCCCUGCGUAUGUGUGUGUGUGUGUUGGGAUCCCAACACACACACAUGAGGGUCGUGUGGUGUGUGUGUGUCUUGGCUAUGCAGUACGCUUAUGAGGCAUCAAUGGCCGGGCUGAACUAUUCCCUGAAGCAGAAUGGCACAGGUGAGUCAGGUGCACACACACUCCCACAGCCACAGCCACACACUCACACACAGGGGUAGAUUGGGCCCUCUCUGCGUGUGUGUGCGCGCGUGUGUUUGUGUGUGUGUGUGUAGGCGUCCAGCUGGACAUCGGUGGGUUCAACGACAAGCUGCCCGUGCUGCUCAAGGCCAUCAGCGAGAAGAUGACAGCAGGUCGGUGUGUGCCUUGUGUGCCUUGUGUGCUGUGUGUCCUCGCGACCUGCAGCUGCGCCUGGAUGCAUCUGCAGGCGACUUCAAGGGCGACAUUCUGAAGCUAGUCGCCAACAUCACUCACAGGCAGCUCAGGAACGCCGCUUACAAACGGCAGCCGUACCUGCAGUGCAUGAACCGCCUCUCCGUUGCGGUCACCACCCCCGCACACAGCGAAAUCGAACAGGUCUUCUCACUCCAGACAAGACUGACACACCCAUGCAGUUGGUUAAGUGUCUGUCUGUCUGCCUGCAAUCAUCCGUCCAGUUCACGGCGAUGCAGUCCCUGCUGGAGGGCAUGAGCCUCACGGCUGACGAUGACGACAUGGACACACCGCAGCAGCAGGUCCGUCCAUCCACACAAACACCACCUACACAGGCCUUGGAACUUCCGUGUGUGUGUGCGUGUGCAGCACUGUGGUCUGAGCAACGACGCUGCUGGCACCAGCAGCAAUGGCGUGGCAGCAGCGGACAAGGCAGACAACAAUAAGGCCGAGACCGAGGCGGCUGCCCUGCAGCGGAUUAAAGGCACUCUCGACGGGAUACACAACGACAUUCUCAAUGGUGGGUGCACUGCAGCCGACAUACACACGCAGCACAUCCACCCCCCACCACACACACACACCCCUCUGCUAUUGUGUUGGUUGGUGGCCAGGCUGUUUUGUGGAGGCGUUGGUGAUCGGCAACAUCACCGCAGAUGAGGCGGGAGAGCUCAUCAGCACCUUUCUGAAGGUCCGUGGCGUGGAGUGACAUACACACACAGCUCUGUCCACACAUCAUCGACCCGCCCGCACUCAUACGCUGCCCAUGUGUAUUGUGUCUUCAGGAGUUGUCGGUCGAGCCCUCCGCCCCGCCCACUCCGGUGCUGCGGAAGGCCCUCAAGCUGCAGCCCGACAUACGACAGAUGUAUCGGUGCAACGGCGCCAACCCUGACGACCCCAACUCGGCCAUCUGCGUGGCCAUACAGGUCAGGUGGGCACCCACCCCAUCUGUAUGUGUGUGUGUGUGUGUGUGUGCAUGGCUUGGCUUGGCUUGGCUUGGCUUGACCGUGGUGGGGUCAUUCAGGUUGGUGAGCUGUCUGUGCGGACGUCGGCCCUCACUGACGUGUUGGCCAACUGGAUCGGCCAGACCUUCUACGACGACCUCCGAACCAAACAGCAGCUCGGGUGGGUACCCACCUACCACUGACAGGACAGAGAGAGAGUGAGACCAGAUGAGAUGAGAUGUGGUGUGUGUCGUUCGUUCGUUGUAAAUCAAUCAGGUACAUCGUGGCUUCGUACGCCCGCAUCGCUGCGCGCUCGCUGUCGCUGGCCUUCCUGGUGCAGUCCACCUACUCGCCCGAUGAACUGCUCGCAAGGAUUGAGGUCUGCUACUUUCCGUCCAAUGGAUGACAGACACAUGAGGGGUGCGAGGGUGCGUGUGUCUGUCUGUGUGGUUCCUGUGUCUGUGUGUGUGUGCAGCUGUUUCUGAAGUGGCUGGUGGAAACGGCGGUCGAAGGCGAGCUGACUGAGGAGACUUACGCGUGAGUGAACGACCCCCACAGAACAGACACACACACGCACUGGACGAGUGUGUGUGUGUGUGCGUGGCUGGCCAGGCUGCAUCAGCAGGCGGUGGUCACGGUCAAGUCGCAGAAGCCCAAACGCAUCAACGAGGAGGCGCAGAGGUGCGCGUGUGUGUCUUGCCUGCCUACACCCGUGUGAGUGCACUGACUGCAGACAGACAUGUGUGUGGUGUGGUGUGCAGGUAUUUGGCUGAGCUCACUAUCCGCCGCUUUGAGUUCGACCAUCUGGACAAGGAAAUCGAUAUCAUCAAGUGCGUCCGCACCGCGCACAAGCCAACACCUGUGGCCGCACAUUGAAAUGCUUCGCUGUGUGUUUGCUGCAUGGGCUGUCAGGUCGACAUCUCUCUCGGAGUUCCGUGAGUUUGUCCGCGAGGUCUUUACCUCAUGUCCGCGGCUGGCCGUCCUCAUCGACAGCCGGCAGCCACACAAACACAUUGACGACACACAAACCAAGGACACACACGUGAGCAGGGAGAGAGAGAGAGAGAGAGAGAUGUGUGUGUGUGUUGGUGUCUUUGUUUGUGUCUGGCUGUCGUGCAGGACGUCAUGGGCAAGUACGCGUCAUUCGGUGACCUGACGGCGUUGCGGAGGGACCCGAGUGCGGCCUUCUACGAGACGCCGGCUGAUAUCGAUGGCUGGUGAUAAGUGACUACGUGGAGGGAGUGGCGGGAUGGGGGGCAUGUGUCUGUCGUGUGCAGCUAGAACCAUUCAUCACACCCACGAAAGAGGCGCGCGUGUGCAGUGCGGUUGACGUGACAUGAAUGACCCUGUGCCUACCGACUGACUGACAGACAGACGCCCAGACGCUGCUGGUGGGUACGAUGUACCCUUUGCAGUGUGUGUGUGUGUGUAAGUAUGGCACGUGCAUGCGUUGGGUGCAAUCAUUCACGC